CGUAAACUUAAAAGUUUCUCAACAACUGGCCUCACCAACUAAUAUCGAGAACACUGAUAGGCCUAACUUUACGUCUGGUGUUUACACGUCUCAAACGGACUUUCUUGUGAUAAUGGAAGCUAAACCACAAGUUUUGGGGACAACAUCUAAGAUAAUUCCUCUUGCCUUACCCAAAGGAACGGAAAAGCUGUGUGAACUUUGUCAAAGAGGAGCGCACCUGCAAUGCGCCAAGUGUCGGGUCACAUUUUACUGCGAUGCAGAGCACCAGCAGGCAGACUGGGUGGGUAUCCAUGAGAGAAUCUGUCAGCUGCUUGUGCCCAUUCGCACACCGACACUCUUAAGUCUCCAACAGUCUGGCCGCAUUGAAAUGCAGCUUAAAAAGGCAGAGCUGAUUGAAAUUUGCAGAUUGGUGGCCCAGAGCAAGCUGUCUGAGGGGAAACACCAGGAGGCUCUGCCUGCUGCCCAGUUCUGCCUGCGCUGUUCUAUAGACAUCCAUGGCCGAAGUUCUGUCCAAAUGGUCCCUGCGUACCUGCUGCUGGCUGAGGCCAACAUGGGCUUGGGCAAUCUAGCCCUGGUGGCAGAGCUCCUGUCCCAGGCAGAGUGGGCGGUUUUGAAGAGCCCAGAAUGUGGUCAUGCAGUCCACCACCGGCUGCACAGAAGCCUGGGCCGCCUCCACACAGCGACUGGAAACCUGGAAGCAGCUCUGCUUAACUUUGCAAAUGAUAUAUAUUUUGCCAGUGAGGCGUAUGGUCUGGAUAGCACAAUCAGCUGUGGUGGCUACUUUCACAUGGCUGGUGUGUUUGCCAAAAAGGGGAAGCUGCCCAUUGCUUGUUCCUUGUAUUCUGAGGUGGCACAUACUUGGCACAGCCAUCUGACCAAACUGAUCAAGACGCAUGUUGAAAAUGUCCACAAUCCUGACAUGUUGCUAAAGCCCUCUUAUGACAAAGCCCAGCGAGUUGAAGUGGACGAGAUGUUAAGAACCAUGUUGGAGUUUCAGCAGAAUGACUCCAGAAAAGACUUAUCUCAGAUUUCACUUUUAGCUCACUGUCUGGCCAUGCUGUGGUUCCUGGGAGGAGACCCCCUAAAGGCCCUGGGAUUUGGCAACACAGCCCUGCAGGCCAGCCAGCUGAUACCAAACCAUGACCUGGCAGAGCCCAUCCAGGGCCUGCUGCGGCUGGUGCAGAGUCUGCAGGCAGAACCACAUCCGGGUGCUGUCUAGUCACCAUACCUGCCGUGGCCAUCCCUCUGCUUGGGGAUCUACUCCACUGGGACAUAUUCAUUUAGCCCCACACUGAUUUACCCAUGUAAGUGUAGAAACCACUGAAUUGGUAAUAAAUAAAAAGUUUAGGAGUAAAGCG